UUCAAAGUAUACGCACUGCGGAGCUGGCAAUUUGUUUUUGUAAACGUGAGCUCCAGUAACGGUCAAGAGUUAGAGGGUGACUCUGUACUAAGUUACUUAUUGUCUUGUUUUUUCGAUUUAGCUUUUUGUUUUUAACUCUACUUUGAAAACAAUACAUUCUUUUGCACCGGAUACCUGCUAUAAUCUUUUAACGAGAAGAUAUCGCAAAAUGGCUUGUUUUUUAUCAUCUUGUAUCUUGCUUUUAAUAUCAUUCCAACUGGUCGAGUCAUCUGGUGUGUUUGAGUUGAAAGUGCAGUCUUUUACCAGCACACGACUUGUCUGUAAAAUGUCCGAAGACUGUCGGAUCUUUUUCCGUGUUUGCCUCAAACACUCGCAAGAUGUCAUUUUACCUGAGCCGCCUUGCACAUUCGGGGAGGGACGCACUGGGAUACUUGGCGCCGACCAGAGUUCCCUCUCAAGCAGCGCUCCUAUCCGGAUACCUUUCAACUUUAAAUGGCCUGGAAGGUUUUCGUUGAUAAUUGAAGCGUGGAAUGCAGAGAACUCUUCCGACCAAUCAACAGAUCAAAGCAAUCUUCUCAGCCGCCAGGCAACCAAAAGAUCCAUUGCGGUUGGAGAAGAUUCGUCCCAAGAUGUGUAUGUAGGAGAGCAAAGCGAAUUGCGAUAUUCCUAUCACGUCGUUUGCGAUGAAUACUACCACGGGGACAGCUGCUCUGACUACUGCCGUCCGAGGGACGAUACUUUCGGACACUUCACCUGUGACUCCUCCGGCAACCGAAUUUGCCUGGAAGGAUGGAAAGGCGAAUACUGCUCAGACCCCAUCUGCUCGUCUGGCUGCAGUGAUGAGCACGGUUAUUGUGAGACCCCCGGCAAGUGCAAGUGCCGCAUCGGGUGGCAGGGUCCGCUCUGCGAUAAGUGCGAGCGUCACCCAGGCUGCCUGCAUGGCACAUGCAGCCAGCCCUGGCAGUGCAACUGCAAGGAAGGCUGGGGUGGCCUCCUCUGCGACCAGGACCUGAACUUCUGCACCAACCACAGGCCAUGCUUGAACGAUGCCACAUGCACAAACACGGGCCAGGGCAGCUACACGUGCACCUGCAGGCCAGGCUUCGGUGGCACCAGGUGCGAGAUCGAGACCAACGAGUGCGACAGUAACCCGUGCAGCAACGGAGGCAGUUGCAGCGAUCUGGUGAAUGACUACACGUGCACAUGCCCUCAGGGCUUCUAUGGGAAGAACUGCGAGAUCAGUGCCAUGACUUGUGCCGAUGGGCCCUGCUUCAAUGGUGGGACGUGCAUGGCUAAAGUGGCUGGAGGCUAUUCUUGCCACUGUCCCCCCGGUUACAUGGGCUCCAACUGCGAGAAGAAGAUCGACCGGUGCAGUAGCAACCCCUGUGCCAAUGGUGGCCAAUGCCUUGACUUGGGGCACAGCCUGAAGUGUCGAUGCCGAGCCGGUUUCACCGGCUCCCGCUGUGAAAGCAACAUCGAUGACUGUGCCCGCAACCCCUGCCGCAAUGCCGGCACCUGCGUGGAUGGCAUCAGCGACUACACCUGUAAGUGCACCCUGGGGUUCAAGGGCAAAGACUGCAGCUUGCGGGCUGACGCUUGCAGUCUCGUGCCCUGCGAGAACGGCGGGACCUGCUUCACCCACUUUAGCGGGCCUGUGUGCCAGUGCCCUCCAGGCUUUAUGGGCUCCCGGUGCGAGUACAGCCAGCCAGUCACCCAGACGCCAACCACGCUCAAGGUCCCUGACUUCCCAUUUGCGCUGGCCAUCUCCUUCACCCUUGGUCUGAUCACCCUGGUGCUGGUGCUGUGUGCUGCCAUCAUCCUGCUCAGGCAGAUGGGACGUGACCGAAAGGCUGCAGCCAUUUCUGUGCGUAAUGACCUGGACAUGGUCAAUAACCGUGCCUCAAUGAUCUCUGCUGCUGCCCAGUCUGCCUUCAGGGAAAAAGAGGCCUUCCUUAACCCUAGUGGCCCGUGCAAGGUGUCCAACAAGGACGCAGCACUGAGCUCCUGCAUCAUGGAUACUGACAAGGCCAAUAACAAACAGAAGAUGGUGGACUACAAUCUAGCCAAGGAAGAGAAACAUACAAAGGACAAGCUAGACUUGAAGAAUUCUGAGUCCAGUAUACUGGUUUCCCCCGUGACCUUUUCUAAAGAUGGUUUAUAUCAUCCUGUAUACAUCAUUCCAGAACAAAUAGAGCAGUGUGUUUUUGCGACCGAGGUUUAACAGUAUUGUCUGACCUGGGGAACCUCAAUCAUAAACAGGCAUCGCCUGACCAUGUUUACAUGUUUUUAAAGGACAAUAGGAAGAUGUGAAAAGAAUAUAUAUUAUACUGACAUAUUUAAUAUUUAUUCAUGCUGCUUAAAAUGAAAGGACUUCUUGAUGGGGACAAUAUUGUUGCGAAGACAAAGCAAACUGAUUGGCUGGAAGAGGGGGUGGAGCCACUAUUAUUUGCACUAUGAUUUCUUUUUUUUUCACAUCUUAGACAAAUACAUAUAUAUGUCUUGAUACAUUUUAUGAAAGGAACAUAUACACUGUGGAAGUGAAUCCAAGGUUCCUUAACUGCAAAAAGGAAGGAUCUUUCCUCUCAAGAUGCCUUAUAAGAUGGAAGAAGGUGCAUCUCGGUCUAGGAGGGCUGGCCCAGGGCUCUGAGACAGCUCAACUGAAGUUGGAGCACUCUUUGGAUAGUUUGCUCGGGCAGGCAGCUGAGGAGCUAUCUGAGCGCAAGCAGCCAAAGUGAUCAACAGGCUGAUCUUCGCUGCAGGCAAUAUGGGCAGUGGUCAUGGGAAAUGUGAUCUGAACUUGUGUGUUACCAGUAUUUGCUACGCAAUGCCUGACACCUAACACGGGCUCGACUAUCAGAGAAAACUCAUUGAAGGCGAACUCAAUCCAAUCAAGUGCCUGAUUUUUAUUAUUUUUUUUAUAUGUACCGUGGCUUAAAUGACAAAGGUACUCUUUAGAAACACUGAACCUUCUAGCUUUAUUGAACCUGUGAAAUAUCUGCUUUUUUUUUUAUCCUGCACGCAUAACAGCAGUUGCUCUCAAAGUGAUAAUCUGGGUACAGACUAUACAGCAGGACUUUAAUGGAUGAUUGUGUACAGCUUUCAUCCUGUCACUGUCCACAGACAUUCCACUAUUUCCUACAUUCCCAGAGCAGCUCAGACAGCCUCGCCACUGAUGGGUUCUUGUUUUGCUAAACCUAUGUAUGGGGUCUUUUCAAAAAAGAUCUCAACUUUAAUGGAGUACAAGACUCCACUAUAGAGUUUGAUUUUUUUUUUUUCUUCACUUUAAACCAAAUAGAUCAUUUGUUAUAUCUUUAUUAAUAUCCUCAUUAAUUUAACAAUGCAAUGUUGUACAAACCCUUGAAAUAUUCCUAUUCCUAAUAUUUAAUUUGAUUGUAAAUAAUUUGUAUUUAUAUGAAGAGAAUUGUAUACAUGUCACUGUUUUGUGCCUU